AUGGAUUGUCCAAGAUUUUUGUAUCGAGCUGUAUCAGUACGUGAUUCACUGUAUGUGUGGGGUGGUUUAAAUUUCGAGUUUUACCAUGAUCCAGCAGCAAAUGAUGUGUUCACUAGUACUAUACAGCACUUUACUCCUUCAACUGGUCAAUGGAUCACUAGAGAUACUAGUGGUACUCCUCCAUUAGGAAUUUGGGCACACUGCUGUACUGCAAUAAAUCAUCAAUUAUAUUAUUUUGGGGGAACAUCACAGAGAGGACAAGGACCAAAACCAACUUUCCAGCUACCAGAUUAUAGAUAUGAGUUACCGGCAUCUUUGGCUAAAAAGAAUGGAGAGGAGUGGCUUACUAAUGAACAUUCACUGUAUAAUUUAUCGCUGAGAGAAUGGAGUAAUCCCUCAGUCAUUGGUCAGUGUACACUAUGGCCUGCUUCUUUUUUUGUCAUUGAAAAAAUCAAUAACACUAGAGCUGUUGUGUUUGGUGGAUGUGAUUCUGAAGAUGAGGAUGCUAUUACUAACAAUAUUUAUAUAUUAGAGAUACAUGUAUCAACCAGCACUGUGUUCUGGCAGUGUAUCAAGAAAUCUGAAGCAAUAGACCAAUGGCCUGCUGGUAGAUUUCUUCAUGCAGGUGCUGUUAUUGUAACUGAAUUAGACUGUCCUAUGCUAGUGAUAAGUGGUGGUUGGGAUAAGAAACAAGAUGUAUUAGAUGACUGUUGGAUUUUUAACAUCACUCAACAUUCCUGGAUAAAGUUAGAUGUACCUCAUUCUGUUAGUAAGAGAUUGGCUCAUUCUCUCUCAGUGUUUGUUACGAGUCCUCAUUGUGUUUGGAUAAUGACUGUUGGAGGGCUACGUAAAAAUGAAAUGAUUACUCAUCAUAUGUCAACUGAACUAGUUUUCAACAGUAAAGGGGAGUGUCUAGUAGGUGAUACAUAUGAUUCAAGUGAUUACAAGCAAGUGAAGCAACUACAGUUAGGAAGAAGCCUAUGUUUGGAGGAGCACCAUAAACCAAGCAGAGAUUCCGUUCAUAUUGAAUCAACCAUACAAGCCCUUAUGAAAAGUCUCGAUGAGAAGAAAAGAGAAGUUCAAAUUUUUCAUCAGCAAAUAGAGGAAAAGGAAAGAGAACAAGCAGAGAAAGAGCAAGAAAUUAGAAGAUAUUGUCAUCGACUACAAGAGAUGGAAAGGGAGAAACAGGAGGCACUGCUGGAAAAGGACAGAGAGUAUCAGGUGGUUCUACAGGAGAAGGAUAGGGAGGUACAGGAGAAGGAUAGGGAGCUGCGACAGUCUCAAGAAGCAGUUCGUAGAUACCAGCAACAAGCACUUACUGAUGAUUACUGGGUUAUUAAUAGAGAUGAAGUAACUUUGACAGAGGAGGAGUUAGGAAGAGGAUCUUUUGCUGUUGUUACAGUUGGUAUUUUUAGAGGUUUAAGAGUAGCUGUAAAGUCGCUUCAUGCUAUCAUCAUCUCAGAUUAUAAUCAAAGUAUUUUCUUCAGGGAAAUGAGCAUAGCAUCACAAGUACGCCAUCCUAACCUGGUCCAGUUUAUUGGUGCAACUAAAGUGGGUAAUCCUCUCAUUUUGACGGAGCUGAUGAGCACUAGUCUUAAUCAGGAGCUGCAAAGAAACCGAUUAACCAAUCAACAGAUUCUCAGUAUUGCACAAGAUGUAGCUUUGGCCCUCAACUACCUUCACCUGUACCUUCACCUGUUUAAGCCUCAGCCUAUCAUUCACAGAGAUGUCAGCAGUCCUAACAUAUUAUUAAAUCCUUCCACUGGACCUGCUGGUUAUGAAGCGAAAGUAGCAGAUUAUGGUACAGCUAAAUUGCAACAAGGCACUAGUACUGGUACUGUAAUGCCAGGCAAUGUUGCAUAUGCUGCACCAGAAGCUCGUGAUCCUGAUCAACAUAGUCCAGCAAUGGAUGUCUACAGUUACUCUGUUCUCCUUAUGGAAAUGAAUUUAUGUUGUCCACCAGAAAUGACAACAGGAGGGAGAUGGCAACAAACUUGUAGUGUCUCCUCGUCUGAUAUGAAGUUUCUCAUACAAAGAGGACUUCAUACAAGAUAUAGAGCUCGUCCUACUAUGGCUCAGGUAAUAGAAACAUUAAAAAGGAUAAAAUUUUAUUAA